AUGGUAGAUGUCCGGUUGGGGGUUUUGCAAGCGAGGAUGAGGAGGAUGGGGUUGGGGGAGGAGGAGUGUCAUUCUGAUAACUAUUUGAUGAGCGAGGAUGCGAGUUUGGUGGUCAUGGAGUUCGGGAUGAACCCGAUCGUGGAUGAAGAACGAAGCUUUGAUAUUUACCCCGAUCCCCCCGAGGCAGACUCCUCCGCCCUCCCCCUCCGCCCACCCGUGGUCACCAUUAUGGGCCACGUCGAUCACGGCAAGACGACCCUCCUCGACUCUCUCCGUCACACCUCGGUCGCCUCGGGGGAAGCGGGCGGGAUCACACAACAUAUCGGAGCCUUCUCCGUACCGCUCGCCUCGCUCGUCAAUUCGGAGUCUCUCUCCGAAGGAGGGGUGAAGAGUAUCACCUUCCUGGAUACGCCAGGGCAUGCGGCGUUUACGGGGAUGAGAGCGAGGGGGGCUUCGGUGACAGAUAUCGUCGUCCUGGUCGUAGCGGCCGAUGAUGGGGUGAUGCCGCAGACGAAAGAGGUUUUGGAGUUGGUCAAGAAAUCGGGGGUGGGACUGGUGGUGGCGAUCAACAAGUGUGAUAAGCCCGGUGUGGAUUUUGAACGGGUCAAGGGAGCGCUGGGGGCCGAACAGAUUCAUCUGGAAGAAGAUGGCGGGGACGUCCCGUCCGUCAAGGUCUCUGGAUUGAAAGGACAGGGGCUGGACACGCUCGUCGAGACUCUCGGCGUCCUGGCCGAAGUCCGGGAUUUGCGUGCGAGCGUCGAAGGGCGUGGUGAAGGAUGGGUACUGGAAAGUCGGGUGGAGAGAGGGAGGGGGAACUCGGCGACGAUACUGGUGACACGGGGGACGCUUCAUGUAGGAUCGGUCAUUAUCGCUGGAACGACGUGGUGCAAGAUCCGGCAGAUGUUGGAUGACAAGAACAGGCCCAUCAAGUCGGCCCCGCCUGGAACGCCGGUGAAUAUCACUGGAUGGAAAGAUCUCCCGUUGGCCGGGGACAAGAUCUUGCAGCCUUACGAUUACAGUGCCGGCAAGGGCAACAAGGGUGAAGAUGAAGUCAAACGCGCCGUAGCGAAUCGAAUUAGGGAUAAAGAACGCAAGGCGUUGAUGAACGACGUCGAGGUCAUCAACGAGAAACGCAGGAUCGAGCGCGAACGCCAAGUAGAGGAAGAAGCUCGACACGAAGCGAUCAAGGCUGAAGGCGGGGACGUUUCCGCGGCGAUCAGGAGCGAAGAGAGGAGGUUGAAGAGGGAAGAGGAGGAGAGGGGGAAGAAGGAGUUGCGGUUGAUCAUCAGGGCCGACGUGAGCGGGACUGUGGAGGCCGUCGUCGGAGCUCUGGAAGGGAUCGGGAAUAAUGAAGUCGGGGUGAAGAUCAUUCAUACGGAUGUGGGGGAUGUCUCGGAUUCGGACGUCGCUAUGGCCGAGGCUUCGGAUGCCACCAUCAUCGGAUUCUCAGUCAAAGCUCCCCGUUCGAUAGAAACCCUCGCUUCGUCCAAAAACAUCCCAUUACACACGGAAUCCGUCAUUUACCGCCUGAUCGAACUCGUCCGCACCAAGGUCGCCGGGCUGCUCCCACCCAUCAUCGAGACGCGGGUGAACGGGGAAGCGACGGUCUUGCAGGUCUUUACGAUCGCCGUCAAGGGGCAGAAGGAAGGGCAGGUCGUAGCGGGGUGUAGGGUUGGGAAUGGGGUUGUCGGGAAGGGGGAUGUGGUUAGGGUCUUGAGGGGCGAGGGGAGGGAAGUCGUCUUUGAAGGCCCGCUGGAAUCUCUGCGACACCUAAAGAAAGAGAUCAACGAGGCGAGAAAGGGGAGCGAAUGCGGUAUGGUCGUCGAUGGGUUCAAGGAUGUGAAAGAGGGGGAUCAGAUCGUCUCGAUUACAAAGGUUGAGAAGGCGCAGCAGUUGUAA